AUGGCAUCAACCGCAAUACCGGCAUAUUUCGAGCUGAGCUGGGCCAUCCUCAGCACCAUCGGGCUCAACAACGUCCUCGUCGGCCUCAUGGUCGCCGGCAUCACGGGCGGGUUCUCGGUCGUCGUCCUCGUGCCGAUUGUCGUCUCCGCCGCGUGUGCGCUGGCCAACGGCUUGUGUUACUACGCCUUUUACGCUGACUACCCCGCCGUCAAUACGGCUGUCGCUUCCGCGUUCGCGGAUCUCGCUUGGCUGAUUCAAGAAGCUGGACUCUCCUUCUACAGCUACGCGAUCCUGGUCCGUAUCCUCCGCGGCGUUGAGCGCACCAUCUUCAUGUCGCUCUUCUGGACGCUGGUUCUCGUCAUCACGGCCGUCCGCCUCGGCAUCAUGGUGGUCCGCGUGCGCUUCAUCCUCGACGACAACCACUCCCCAUCCCUGCAGCGGACGGUCGACCACCUGCACGUGGGAUACUUCACGGCCAUCGCGGUGGUCGAAUGUGCGAGUGCCGUUUUCCUGCUGAGGACAUUCCGUGCGGCGCGCCGCACGUCGGUCACGACCACGCUGGGGCGCGGCGAGCUGUUCCGCUACCUCAUGCGCAGCACCGAGAUCCGCCUCGCCACGCUGGCCCUCAUUGGCGUCAUGCGCGCUGUGACGUACUCGUUCCAGAACACGGCGCAGAGCGCAGAGGGGGUGGCGGGCCAGCUGGAUCGGUUUGCGUACACGCUGGAGUGUCUGUUUCCCAUCGUAAUGUUGUAA